AUGGACGUCCCCGGCAUAGCCCUAAUAACAGGCGCAGCAUCCGGCAUCGGCCGCGCCUGCGCCCACACAUUCGCGCGCGACGGUGCAAGCGGCAUCGCCCUCCUCGACCUCGACAAAUCAGCCCUAGAAACCGUGCAAGCCGAAAUAAACUCUCAGCUCAGCCCUGAUAAAACACCCCGCUGCCGUGUAGAGAUCUACCCGGUCAACGUCACCGAUGAAAACCGGGUAAACGAAGUGAUCCAAAGCGCAGCGGAAACCUUCGGCCGACUAGACUACGUGGUCAACGCAGCCGGAAUAGCAAUGAAACAUCAAGGUGGCGCGGCCUUCGUCGAAACAUCCGACUGGCAACGCAUCCUCGACAUCAAUCUUACGGGAACGUUCUUCGUUCUGCGGGCGGCGGCUCGGAUCAUGUUGGCCCAGGAACCGAUCCGGUCGAGUAUUGAUGGACGGCCGUUGCAGAGGGGGUCGAUUGUGAAUUUCUCGAGCAUUCAGGGCGUCGCGGGGAUCCCGUUGUCGACUGCUUAUACGGCGACGAAGCAUGCUGUUAUUGGGUUGACGCGGACCGCGUCGGAGGACUAUGCUAAGGAUGGGUUGAGGGUUAAUGCCAUUUGUCCCGGGUAUACGGAGACGCCGAUGACGACAAAGUCGCCGUUGGUUUUGCAGGCCAUGCAAGAGAGGGUGGCGACUGCUGUGCCGAUGCAGCGGAUGGGGGAACCAAGGGAAAUUGCUGAUGGGGUGGUUUAUCUUUCUGGAGGGAGGAGCUCGUUUGUUACUGGGACUGCGCUUUUUGUGGAUGGCGGGUAUACGCAGCGUUAG